AUGGAGUCAACAUUACCAUCUCUACCAUCAUCAGCAUCUCGGCACAUCAUCUUUCCAUGGCACCUAGAUAACUGGAUGGAGAUUAAAAAUUCACUAACUGAGUUGAAAUCGUCAUCAUCAUUAUUAGCAGCAGCUGCUGUUGCAGCGUCAUCGUCGUCUUCAUCGUCGUCGUCAUCAUUUUUACUUGAGUUAAUUGAGGAGUUUGUUUGGAGAUUAGAGAAAAUUCAUGAUUUGGUGACAAAUGAUGAAAAGCCUGUCCAUCCAAAUAAUAUUUUCGAAGGCCUGAAGUAUUAUCUACACACAUACCUGCCGUCUUCAUCAUCGUCAGCGCCACAGCCACAACCGUCGUCGUCGUCGUCAGCGCGGCAACAAUCGCCACCACCACCAUCAUCGUCGUCGUCGUCAUCGUGUAGCAGUGUCAUCAGUAAAUAUUUUUGUGAAAUCUUCCCACAUGUCAUCGACAGACUGCUGGCUAUUGAUAGUAAUGAUUAUGCUCCAUUCUCUAUUCCUGAUGGCAAUGCCAUCAUCAAACAACCAAGAACCUCUAUACCUCAAAUGCUUGCAUGCUGUCUGCUGGGUCUGAUGCCUCAUCAGCAACAACAACAACAGUUAGGUCAGCAACAAUCACAACAACAUCAACAAUUGGGUCAGCAACAAUUAGGCCUGCAACAGCAACAACCUUAUCUGGAUUUUACUUUUAAACAAUUAUAUUCCAGUGUGUUGGGUCCCAAUAGCCUAGAUGCAUGCCAGAGGUUGCAAUGCAUUUUCCAGUAUUUCGAACUUCUUUUAAGGAACGUCUUCAGCUCAGAUGGUGAAGAUGUUGUGUAUGCUAGGCAGUCCCUCAGAUCAUUACCAUCACUAUCAGCCUGGUUGAACAGCAACAACACCUUAUGCACCGUUUGCAUUGUUGAAGAGGUUGGCCAUCGGGUCCGUGAUGUUAAAAAUGGUGUCUUGGUCUUUCUCACAGAUGAUGGUCUCAAUUUCAAAGAUUAUUCUACUAAGAACACUGAAGUCUGUUUGAGUGAAUGA